CUUUCAAACACGCUCCCAACAGCCCGCCACUCCACUAAACCCAGAAUAAAACCCUAUGAUCGUUUCUCUCGUUCGCGCACUCUAUAGCUAAUAGUUUUUAUUUGAAAUUUUGACUCUCCUCCUCUCUCAUACCAGGGCUUCAAUUUUGGGCCUGAAAGUCAAGUUGAGGUUUUAAAAUCGUUUUUCAGUUCAUAGUUUGAUUAUAGGGUUUUGUACUCCGAAGUUAGAAAGAAGAUGGCGUGGGAAGACGAGGUUGUCCUCCGAGAUGUCAUGAAUGCAGGGCUUGUCGUGAGCGACCGCAUCGGCCGGGAAGCUGCAGCGCAGCUGGACCUUGAAGAAUCCCUUGAAGCUGCGAGAUACGCUAGUCAUCCCUAUUCAACUCACCCUAGAGAGUGGCCUCCUUUGGUUGAGGUAGUGGAUACUAGGGAGUUGCCGCCUGUGCUUAUUGAAAGAUACAAUAUAGCUGGUGGAGAAGGAACUGCUUUAUGUGGAAUAUUUCCAGAGAUACGCAGAGCAUGGGCUUCAGUAGAUAACUCUCUGUUUCUUUGGCGUUUUGAUAAAUGGGAUGGCCAAUGCCCUGAAUAUAGUGGGGAUGAACAAGCCAUAUGUGCUGUUGGCCUUGCCAAAUCUAAACCUGGCGUUUUUGUUGAGGCUAUCCAAUAUCUUUUAGUCUUAGCAACUUCUUGUGAGUUGAUUCUUGUAGGAGUAUGCUGCUCUGGAAGGGGUGAUGGAACAGAUCCAUAUGAAGAGGUUUCUCUACAGCCUUUGCCAGAAUAUACAAUACCAUCUGAUGGAGUCACCAUGACUUCUGUUGCUUGUACUGACAAGGGUCUUAUUUUCCUUGCGGGUCGAGAUGGACACAUUUAUGAGAUGCAGUACACAUCUGGAUCAUUAUGGCAUAAGCGUUGUCGUAAAGUGUGCCUUACUGCAGGAUUGGGUAGUGUUAUUUCCAGGUGGGUUGUACCAAAUGUGUUCAAGUUUGGAGCUGUUGACCCCAUUGUUGAAAUGGUUGUUGAUAAUGAAAGACAUUUUCUAUAUGCACGAACUGAGGAUAUGAGACUACUGGUUUUUGUUUUGGGGCCAACUGGAGAUGGUCCGCUUAGGAAAGUUGCAGAAGAAAGGAAUUUGAUUAACCAGAGGGAUGCACACUAUGGAGUUAGACAACCAGUUGGAUCAAGAGGAUCCAAUCGAUCAGCAAAGCCAUCUAUAGUUUGCAUCUCACCUUUGUCUAUGCUGGAGUCAAAAUGUCUCCACCUUGUGGCUGUUUUAUCAGAUGGAAGAAGAAUGUACCUUUCCACUUCUCCAUCUAGUGGAAAUAGUGGUGCUGUUGGAGCUUUGGCUGGAUUUAAUACCAACCAUCGUAGGCCAAGCUGUUUAAAAGUUGUGACAACCAGGCCUUCUCCUCCUUUAGGUGUCAGUAGUGGACUUGCUUUUGGAGCUAUUUCCCUUGCUGGUAGAUCUCAAAGUGAGGAUCUCUCAAUGAAGGUUGAAACAGCAUAUUAUUCUUCUGGAAUUCUUCUCCUCUCUGAUUCAUCACCACCAACUAUGUCUUCUCUUCUGAUGGUGAGCCGUGAUUCAAGCACACAAUCAUCUCUGUCAAGUAGUUUAGGGACAAGUGCCAGGAGUUCACGGGCAUUACGGGAAUGUGUAUCGUCCCUCCCUGUUGAAGGUAGAAUGCUUUUUGUGGCUGAUGUUUUACCUUUCCCAGAUACGGCAGCCGUCGUGCAGUCACUUUAUUCAGACUUGGAGUUCUCUGGGUUUGAAAGCACUGGGGAGUCCUGUGAGAAGACCUCUGUUAAACUAUGGGCUAGAGGUGACCUCUCAACCCAACAUAUUUUACCGAGGAGGAGAAUUGUUGUAUUCAGUACCAUGGGAAUGAUGGAAGUAGUUUUCAAUAGGCCUGUGGACAUUCUAAGACGGUUGUUGGAGUCCAACUCACCAAGGUCAAUUUUAGAAGAUUUUUUCAAUCGUUUCGGAGCUGGAGAGGCAGCUGCAAUGUGUUUAUUGCUUGCUUCAAAGAUAGUCCAUUCUGAUAAUCUCAUUAGCAAUAUUGUUUCUGAGAAGGCGGCUGAGGCAUUUGAAGACCCAAGAGUUGUUGGAAUGCCUCAACUUGAAAGUAGUAGUGCACUUUCAAACACUAGAGCGGCGGCUGGGGGGUUCAGUAUGGGACAGGUUGUUCAAGAGGCUGAGCCCAUUUUUUCAGGUGCGCAUGAAGGACUCUGCAUAUGCUCAUCAAGGUUGCUUUUCCCUAUUUGGGAACUUCCUGUUAUGGUUGCAAAAGGUGGUUUAGAUGCCUCUGAUGCUAUGUCCGAAAAUGGGGUAAUUGUAUGCAGACUGUCUAUUGAGGCAAUGCAAGCCCUUGCAAAUAAAAUUCGUUCCUUAGAGAAGUUUCUGAGGUCUAGAAGGAACCAGAGAAGGGGACUGUAUGGCUGUGUUGCUGGUAUGGGAGACUCGACUGGCUCCAUUCUAUAUGGAACUGGUUCAGAUUUAGGUUCUGGGGACAGGAGUAUGUUAAGAAACUUAUUUGGCGCUUAUCGGAAUGUUGAGUCUGGUGAUGGCAGGGUGUCUAAUAAGAGGCAGCGGCUUCCAUUUAGUCCUGCAGAACUGGCUGCCAUGGAGGUUAGGGCUAUGGAAUGCAUCAGACAGUUGCUUCUUAGAUCCAGUGAAGCUCUGUUUUUGCUUCAACUUCUUUCCCAGCAUCAUGUAACUCGUUUGGUUCAGGGUUUUGAUGCUAACCUUCGGCAGGCAUUAGUUCACUUGACAUUCCAUCAACUAGUUUGCUCUGAGGAGGGUGAUCAGCUUGCUACAAGGUUUAUAUCAUCACUGAUGGAGUAUUACACUGGUCCUGAUGGCAGGGGGACCGUGACUGAUAUUAGUGGGAAAUUACGGGAGGGUUGUCCUAGCUAUUACAAGGAAUCGGAUUACAAGUUUUACUUAGCUGUGGAAUAUCUUGAGAGAGCUGCCGUUACUCCUGACACUGAUGAAAGGGAGAGCCUUGCUAGAGAAGCCUUCAAUGUCUUAAGUAAAGUUCCUGAGUCUGCAGAUUUGCGAACUGUUUGCAAACGCUUUGAGGACUUGAGGUUUUAUGAAGCUGUUGUUCGCUUACCUCUGCAAAAGGCACAGGCCCUUGACCCUGCAGGUGAUGCAUUCAAUGAACAUGUUGAUGCAGGGAUUAGGGAACAUGCACUUGCUCAGCUUGAACAGUGCUAUGAGAUAAUCACCAGUGCUUUACGUUCUCUGAAAGGUGAAGCCUCAUCAAGGGAGUUUGGGUCUUCCAUUAAACCUGCAGCACAAUCUGGACUUGAUCAGGCCUCUCGGAAGAAGUACAUAUGUCAGAUUGUUCAGCUUGGUGUCCAAUCCCCUGACACUGUAUUUCAUGAGUAUCUGUACCGUACUAUGAUUGAUUUGGGCCUUGAAAAUGAGCUCCUGGAGUACGGAGGUCCUGAUUUGGUGCCUUUCCUGCAGAGGCCUGGCCGAGAAUCUAUGCAUGAGGUUCGGGCAGUUUCUACGGUUACAUCUGCAACUUCUCUAGUGGGUCAAUCGGGUGCAGCUAUUCCCUCAAAUCAAGUUAAAUAUUUUGACCUUUUGGCACGGUAUUAUGUCUUGAAACGGCAGCAUGUACUCGCAGCUCAUGUGUUGCUAAGGCUGGCAGAAAGGCGUUCGGCUGAUGCAGGGGAUAACCCUACACUUGAGCAAAGGCGUCAAUACCUAAGCAAUGCAGUUUUACAGUCGAAGAAUGCCAGUGACAGUGAUGGGUUAGUAGGUUCUACCCGGGGUGCUUUUGACAAUGGCUUGCUAGACUUGCUUGAAGGGAAGCUUGCCGUUCUUCAAUUUCAGAUAAAGAUCAAAGAUGAGUUAGAGGCUAUGGCUUCAAAAUUAGAAGCUGGCCCUAGUACAUCUGAUGCUCUCCGGAAUGACUCACCUUUCUCUGAUAGUAACCUGAUGUCUGAUAACAAUUUUGCGAAAACUGCAAAGGAAAAGGCAAAAGAACUAGCCUUAGAUAUGAAGAGUAUAAGUCAGCUAUACAAUGAAUAUGCAGUUACCUUUGAGCUUUGGGAGAUAUGUCUAGAAAUACUGUACUUUGCAAAUGUUUCUGGUGAUGCUGAUAGUAGCAUUGUAAGGGAAACGUGGGCUAGACUUAUUGAUCAAGCUCUUUCAAGGGGAGGCAUUGCUGAAGCUUGUUCAGUACUGAAAAGGGUUGGUUCCCAUGUUUAUCCUGGAGAUGGCGCUGUUUUACCUUUAGACACACUCUGUCUUCAUCUUGAAAAGGCUGCACUGGAGAGAUCAGUUUCAGGGGUUGAAUUGGUUGGUGAUGAAGAUGUUGCAAGGGCUCUUCUUGCUGCUUGCAAUGGUGCAACUGAACCUGUAUUGAAUACUUAUGAUCAAUUGCUGUCAAAUGGAGCCAUAUUGCCAUCACCAAUUCUACGGUUACGGCUUCUCCGUUCAGUGCUCGUGGUCCUGCGUGAGUGGGCAAUGUCCAUAUUUGCACAAAGAAUGGGUACGAGUGCUACUGGAGCUUCUCUAAUCUUAGGUGGAACAUUCUCCCUAGAGCAAACGACAGUCGUUAACCAAGGGGUUCGGGAUAGGAUCACAAGUGCAGCGAACAGAUACAUGACUGAGGUGCGGCGGUUGGCCCUUCCACAGAGUCAGACUCAGGCAGUCUACCGAGGUUUUCGUGAGCUUGAAGAAUCAUUAAUAAACCCGUUUUCUUCUGACUGACUUUAAUUGUUUCACAUUCAAUGUAUGAUGGAUGGUGUAUGGAAUGUUAUAUUUGUUUAGCAAAUAUCUGUUGUAUUGAUUCAUAUUAGAUGUCAACAAAAUAAAAUGGCGCACCGGCAUCAGAUGUAACUGUAAGCUCUUUCUUUUUUUUCUUUUUUUUUUUUUCCCGUUGCAUGGUUGGUAAAUGUAACAGUAAGCUUGAUCUUACAGAGGAAUGAGAUAAUAUUCACAGUUGUGCAUGAUUUCUGAGCAAAA